UAAUCUAUUCCUGUUUAAUUAACCACUACUAAUCUAUUCCUGUUUAAUUAACCACUCCUAAUCUAUUCCUGUUUAAUUAACCACUCCUAAUCUAUUCCUGUUUAAUUAACCACUCCCAAUCUAUUCCUUAAUUAACCACUCCUAAUCUAUUCCUGUUUAAUUAACCACUCCUAAUGUAAUUAACCACUACUAAUGUAUUCCUGUUUAAUUAACCACUCCUAAUCUAUUCCUGUGUAACUAACCACUACUUUUUAUUUAUUUAUUUAUUAAUAUAUAUUUUUAUUUAACCAGGUAGGCCAGUUGAGAACAAGUUCUCAUUUACAACUGCGACCCAGACCAAGAUAAAGCAAAGCAGUGCAACAUGAACAACACAGAGUUACACAUGGAAUAAAACAAACAUACAGUCAACAACACAGAGUUACACAUGGAAUAAAACAAACAUACAGUCAACAACACAGAGUGACACAUGGAAUAAAACAAACAUACAGUCAACAACACAGUGUGACACAUGGAAUAAAACAAACAUACAGUCAACAACACAGAGUUACACAUGGAAUAAAACAAACAUACAGUCAAUAAUACAGUAGAAAAAAUCUACAGUGUGUGCAAAUGUAGUAAGAUUAGGGAGGUAAGGCAAUCAAUAGGCCAUAGUGGCGAAGUAAUUACAAUUUAGCAAUUAAACACUGGACUGAAUGGUAAAUGUGCAGAAGAUGAAUGUGCAAGUAGAGAUACUGGGGUGCAAAGGAGCAAAAAAACAAACAAUAUGGGGAUGAGGUAGUUGGAUGGCUAUUUACAGAUGGGCUGUGUACAGGUGCAGUGAUCUGUAAACUGUUCUGACAGCUUGUGCUUAAAGCUAGAGAGGGAGAUAUGACUCCAAAUGUUUGCAAUUCGUUCCAGUCAUUGGCAGCAGAGAACUGGAAGGAAAGGCGGCCAAAGUAGGUGUUGGCUUUGGGGAUGACCAGUGAGAUAUACCUGCUGGAGCGUGUGCUAUGGGUGGGUGCUGCUAUGGUGACCAGUAAGCUGAGAUAAGGCGGAGCUUUACCUAGCAGAGACUUGUAGAUGACCUGGAGCCAGUGGGUUUGGCGACGAAUAUGGAGUGAGGGCCAGCCAAUGAGAGCAUACAGGUUGCAGUGGUGGGUCGUAUAUGGGGCUUUGGUGACAAAACGGAUGGCACUGUGAUAGACUGCAUCCAAUUUGCUGAGUAGAAUAUUGGAAGCUAUUUUGUAAAUGACAUCGCCGAAGUCAAGGAUUGGUAGGAUGGUCAGUUUUAUGAGGGUAUGUUUGGCAGCAUGAGUGAAGGAUGCUUUGUUGCGAAAUAGGAAGCCAAUUCUAGAUUUAAUUUUGGAUUGGAGAUGUUUAAUAUGAGUCUGAAGGAGAGUUUACAGUUCUUACCAGACACCAAGAUAUUUGUAGUUGUCCACAUAUUCUAAGUCAGAGCCGUCCAGAGUAGUGACACCAAUCUAAUCUAUUCCUGUGUAAUUAACCACUACUAAUCUAUUCCUGUGUCAUGCAGGCCCAGACACAAGACAUCGUCCCGACCAUUGGCUUCAGCAUCGAGAAGUUCAAGACAUCAAGUCUCUCCUUCACAGUGUUCGACAUGUCUGGCCAAGGGCGAUACAGAAACCUCUGGGAACAUUACUACAAGGAGGGUCAAGCCAUCAUCUUUGUGGUGGACAGUGGAGACAAGUUGAGGAUGGUGGUCGCUAAAGAGGAACUGGACACCCUGCUCAACCACCCAGACGUAAAGCACCGACGGAUCCCCCUGCUGUUCUUCGCCAACAAGAUGGACGUGAGAGACGCCCUGUCUUCAGUCAAGGUCUCCCAGCUCCUCUGUCUGGAGAACAUCAAGGACAAGCCCUGGCACAUCUGUGCCAGCGAUGCUGUAAAAGGAGAAGGUUUACCGGAAGGCGUCGAUUGGCUGCAAGAUCAAAUUAGAACGAUGAGAACCUGAGAGGUUGAGAGAACGACGACGCGACGUGGAGGGGGGUGAGGAGGGGGGGAAUGCCAUCGUCUGGGUGUCGUCAUGGCAACACUGGAGUCCUUCGGGCGUUGACCCCCCCAAUGGUGUAAAUUCUCAACAUGACUCCUACCACCACCCAACCACACACACACACACAUGCCUCAGAAGAGUUGGAGCCAGCUAUGACCUUCCGACCUUUAAAGAUCAGCCAGUCUGGAUGGAGGACGAGCCUUUCCAACGGUCCCUGGAAAUAGAUAGUCUUUUCUCCAGAUAAAUCACUCAUCUUCCCAACAGUUUCUCUUUUCACCCUCAUUUCAAAUGACCCACUCCCAAUAAACCAGUUUGAAAUUGAGUUUUGUUUUGUUUUGGACUGAUAUUCUACAGUAAUGUUUUGGACUGAUAUUCUACAGUAAUGUUUUGGACUGAUAUUCUACAGUAAUGUUUUGGACUGAUAUAUUACAGUAAUGUUUUGGACUGAUAUAUUACAGUAAUGUUUUGGACUGAUAUUCUACAGUAAUGUUUUGGACUGAUAUUCUACAGUAAUGUUUUGGACUGAUAUAUUACAGUAAUAUUUUGGACUGAUAUAUUACAGUAAUGUUAUGGACUGAUAUAUUACAGUAAUGUUUUGGACUGAUAUUCUACAGUAAUGUUAUGGACUGAUAUUCUACAGUAAUGUUUUGGACUGAUAUUCUACAGUAAUGUUUUGGACUGAUAUAUUACAGUAAUGUUUUGGACUGAUAUAUUACAGUAAUGUUUUGGACUGAUAUUCUACAGUAAUGUUUUGGACUGAUAUAUUACAGUAAUGUUAUGGACUGAUAUAUUACAGUAAUGUUAUGGACUGAUAUAUUACAGUAAUGUUUUGGACUGAUAUUCUACAGUAAUGUUUUGGACUGAUACAUUACAGUAAUGUUUUGGACUGAUAUAUUACAGUAAUGUUUUGGACUGAUAUUCUACAGUAAUGUUUUGGACUGAUAUAUUACAGUAAUGUUAUGGACUGAUAUAUUACAGUAAUGUUUUGGACUGAUAUAUUACAGUAAUGUUAUGGACUGAUACUCUACAGUAAUGUUUUGGACUGAUAUUCUACAGUAAUGUUUUGGACUGAUAUUCUACAGUAAUGUUAUGGACUUCAAUUUUACGGUAAUGCCUACUUGGUACUCUCAAAACACUAGUUUAAUAUGUCAUGUUCAUUUUGGAUUCUCCUGGUAAUGAACCGCAAACAACCAGCGGGGAAAAUAUGUAUUGAAUAACAACGAUUGUAUACUGUAAAUGUUUGUGGGUUUAAAUAUACCGUGUGUUUUUGUUGUAGCUUAGCGUUUGCCAGGCUCAUAGCAUGACAACAGGAAUAAUAGGAUUUGUGUAAUUCUUCAUCAAAAUUAUAUUUUUGUUAUACUACAGAUCAUAUGACUCAAAUGGUUGUACAUUUAGACGUUGACAGACACUUCAGGAAAAAAAGGCCCAAGAUGUUAUAAAAUACGAACACUCAAGACCCACAAGAUUUAUCACAUCACACCUAUGAAUUAGUCCUUAUUUAUCUACUGUGGAUGUAGUUUCUCUUCUCCAACUGAGUCUUUACGUUGUGUUUCCAACGGUUCUGAGAUGUCCAUUUAUUUGCAUUGUACUGUUGAAGGUAUGAGCAGAAUUUGUGUGUAUUUGACUGUGUUGUAUCUGGUGAGGACAGAUGGUAUGUUGUCAGAGUAUUAGUCUUCUACAUGUUGUAAACAACAAUGUUUUAUUGAUCUACCUUCUGUGAUACAUGGGAGAAUGAUAGAUUAAAUAAAUGUAGUCUCUCUGUC